AUGCCAAGCAGAUCUGUGUCAGGAGAUGAAAACCACACCUCUGUGGACACGUUUGUCCUCCUGGGGCUCCUGGACCAAACAGAACUGCAGCUCAUCCUUUUUCCAGUCUUCCUAGGGACCUACCUCAUGACUCUGAUUUGGAACCUGGCCCUCAUAAUCCUCAUCAGGAUGGACUCUCACCUGCAAACACCCAUGUACUUUUUUCUCAGUUUCUUGUCACUUAUAGAUAUCUGCUAUUCUUCUUCCAUCAGCCCAAGGAUGCUUUCAGACUUCUUAAAAGUUGAGAAAACGAUUUCCUUCAUUGCCUGUGCCACUCAGUAUUUUGUUUUGGCCUGGAUGGGUAUGUCUGAGUGCUGCUUGCUGGCUGCCAUGGCCUAUGACAGGUAUGUGGCCAUCGGUAGUCCUCUGCAAUAUUCAGCCAUCAUGGCCCCAAGCCUUUGCUGGAGGAUGGUGGCUGGUGUCUGUGGGAGUGGUUUCCUUAGUAGCCUUGUUCAAACAGUUACUUGUUUUAAUCUCUACUACUGUGGACCAAAUGUCAUUCACCAUUUCUUCUGUGACAUGCCUCAGAUCCUUCCCUUGUCUUGUUCUGAUCCCUUCAUCAGCCAGUUGGUUCUUUUCCUGGCAGCUGUUUUUGUUGGGUUUGGCUCUUUCCUUGUUAUCCUCUUAUCCUAUGUCUUCAUUGCAGUUUCUAUCCUGAAAAUUGCCUCGCUCAAAGGCUGUAUCAAGGCCUUCAAGACCUGCGGCUCCCACCUGGCGACAGUGACCCUCUUCUAUGGCACAGUCCUCUCUGUGUACCUGCACCACAGCUCUCAGCACUCCACAAAACAGGACAAGGUGCUUUCUGUGGUCUAUGCCAUCCUCAUCCCCAUGUUAAACCCUCUGAUCUACAGUCUGAGGAAUACAGAGAUCAAGGGGGCCCUCAAGAGAAUGAUGAAGAAGGCAGCACAUCCACCUCAGAAAGAGUAGCAUCUGGGCAGGUACCAUCCCCAAGAGGAAGGCAGAAGUAAGAACAUGGAGGACACCUUCUGUAGACCUUUCA